CGGUGGAAUGGAGAAUGGAAGAGGCUUGUAGCGCGCAAGGGCUAGGGCGGCGCUGAUCGGCAAUGGCGAGCUCCGCGAUCAGCCGCGAGCUAGGGAUGCGCUUGCUUUGCUCGCCUGGAUCGUCCAGCAUUUUCGUCCGAGCUGCCAGUGUCGCGUUUGGGCUUGGAUUUCCUUUCUACCUGAGCUUCAAAGCGCUCGAGAAGAAGUGUCAAGAGGAUCAAGAGCAAUGGCUUGUUUACUGGUCAGUGUACGCGUGCUUCAAUCUCGUGGAGAAGUUUACAGACAAGUUGAUAUCAUGGUUUCCCUUCUACCAUCAUGCAAAGCUCGCAUUUCUGAUGUGGCUCCAGCUACCAAACAACUAUGGCGUAAAGUAUCUGUACUUCAACUACGUGCGCCACUUCCUUGUCAAGCACCAAGCUCGAUUGGACCGAAUUGUUGAUGCCAGCAGGAACGACAUGAACAAUUUUGUGACUGCACACCACAGGGAGAUUCAAGCGAUUGGAAAUGUCGUGCACAAGUUCGUCAUGUCUGCCUACCGGACUGUAGAGGAAACCGUGCGUUUCACACUCUACACUCCGUCGGACAGAUCUCUGCCCGAGGACGAUCCCUGUGAAGGACAUGCUUGACUCCACAGCAAUUUUGGUUAAUUCUAAAUCUUUUUAACUUUUUCUUGUAACCUCUUUCGCCUACGCUGUCAUAAGCUACAUUGGCCGGUCGCCAAAGCGUUUCAGGAUGUCCGGAAAGAUCUCGCAACGCUGGACCUGGAAAUCGCGGAGCUAUGAGAGGUGACGUGGUGAGACAGGGAUCAAAAUGCUUUUUUAUAAUAGCUAAGCAUAAUAUUCGGGCUGUACAUUUCUCAACAAGCUAAGCUGUAGCAUUCGUGUUGAAGAAGCUAAUUUUGCAAAUACGAGAAAAACAUAAGAUAAAUUGAUCACAAAA